GAUGUCCUCUCCAACAAUGCUUUAACAAAGCCUCCAUCUCAUUGUCUGUCCCUCUCUCCAUAGGUCGUCUGAGUAAGGAGGACAUAGAGCGCAUGGUCCAGGAGGCUGAGCAGUACAAAGCUGCGGACGACGUCCAGAGGGACAAGGUGGCGUCCAAAAACGGCCUGGAGUCGUACGCCUUUAACAUGAAGUCCACCGUGGAGGACGAGAAGCUCAAGGGCAAGCUCAGCGACGAGGACAAACAGAAGAUCAUGGACAAGUGCAACGAGGUCAUCAGCUGGCUGGAUAAGAACCAGUCUGCAGAAAAGGAGGAGUUUGAGCACCAUCAGAAGGAGCUGGAGAAGGUGUGUAACCCAAUCAUCACCAAGCUGUACCAGGCUGCAGGGGGCAUGCCCGGGGGGUUGCCAGGAGGGAUGCCAGGAGGGAUGCCAGGGGCUGGUGGUGCCACACACGGAGGAGGCGGAUCCUCUGGACCAACCAUUGAGGAAGUCGACUAAACCAUUCCGAGUAUACAUUUACUCCUGAUUGGAUAUGGCUAAAUAGUGGUCACCAUUCUAAAGCUUGGAAUGGGCUGAACCUUUAUUUUCACAAUCUGCAUUGACUACUUAUGUUUGUUUUGGUCAUUCAUCUUUUUAUGCUGAAAGCAACCAAUGAAUUGAAUAUUUUUCAUGGGCACUGUUCUACCUAUUGUUAAACAUUUUCAGUUUAACCAGUGAAUGGUUACUAUACAGAGCAUGUUUUUCACAAGUGGAAUUCUGUGACUGCAAAAUGUUUUGGUCUUUGCACUGCACUGUUGGCUAAAGAUGACUAUUAAAAAAGAAAGAGUCUCUUGAAUUCA